AUGCGACCAGCAGCUUCCAACAUUGCACGACGGGUUGCUCGCCGCCAGACCCGACGUGCCCUUUCCCAAUUGACCGGGGACCCGUCAGUUCAAAUAACUACUUUGCCGAACAGGAUACGGGUCGCGACAGAGUUCACUCCUGGCCAUUUCUCCGCUGUGGGAUUGUACGUUGAUGCGGGCUCUCGCUAUGAGACUCCUGAAACCUCCGGAGUGAGCCAUUUCAUAGACAGGAUGGCCUUUAAGUCCACGCGAAACAGGUCGGACGAAGAAAUGUCGACUGCAAUCGAUGCCCUAGGUGGACAGAUCAUGUGUUCCUCAUCCCGAGAAACAAUCAUGUACCAGUCCUCCCACUUUCCCCAGGGAACGCCGCUGGCCAUGUCGCUCAUCUCUGAUACAGUCUUGAAUGCUCAGUUUUUGCCGGAAGAGAUAGACGCGCAGAGGGAGGCUGCUCGGUAUGAGAUUCGGGAGAUCAGUUCCAAGCCGGAGAUGAUCUUACCCGAGAUUCUUCAUGAAGUCGCCUAUGACUGCAAGACGCUAGGUAACCCUCUGCUGUGUCCGGAAGACCGAAUAGACGUCAUAAACGAAGAGAUGAUUCGAAAUUUCAUGAAUGAGUGGUAUCGUCCAGAGCGGAUGGUUAUAGCUGGAGCCGGGGUGCAGCAUGAAGAACUCCUUGAGUAUGCUGAUAAACACUUCGGAUCGUUGAAGCCUUCUCCGUUGCCCUCUCCCCAGACCUCUGCUCGGCAGGGUGCGCAGCAGUCUGUACCCCCGCAUCUUCUACCUUCAUCGUCGAAUCCUUCCAUCUACAAGUCACUCACGCGUGCCGCAUCCUCGUAUCUGUAUCCGACGCAACCCGUUUCCCCGGAUAUGGUACCUCCCCUGCACCCUACCCGGGACACUCGUGCGACGUACACCGGAGGACAUCGUUUUGUGUAUGACCCGACACAAGAGUUCAAUCACCUCUAUCUUGCGUUCGAAGGUGUCGGGAUUCAUGAUGACGAUAUCUAUGCUCUUGCGACUAUGCAGGUAAUGCUUGGCGGCGGUGGUAGUUUCUCCGCGGGUGGCCCGGGCAAGGGCAUGUACUCCCGACUUUACACCCACAUCCUGAAUCACUACCCUCAGAUUGACCACUGUGCUUCUUUCCAUCACAUUUACACAGAUUCAUCUCUGUUCGGCCUGUUUGCUUCGUUCGUACCCGCUGGGCCGAAGCACCAGGGCAACUCGCCGUCGCAGAUACUGCCGCAUCUCGUUCACCAGCUGAGCCUCUUGCUCUACUCCCCUCUCACAAAGGGUGAAUUGAGCCGUGCGAGAAACCAGCUGAAGUCAAGUUUGGUCAUGGCGCUGGAGAGUCGUGCAGUCGAGGUGGAGGAUCUCGGCCGCCAGAUCUUGGUGCACAACCGCAAAGUACCUGUGUCGGAGAUGUGCGACAAAAUUGACGAGGUGACGCCCGAAUCGCUUCGCCGCGUCGCUGCCCGUGUCUUCGGCCCAGACUCUGGCAACAAGGCCACGGUCGUAUGCAUGGGACAUGAGGAUGUCGGUGACUGGCGUUCUGUCUUGCGCAAGUAUGGGGUCGGAAGCGCUUGA